AAAUCGACGGGCCUGGUUACGACGACGAGGGUGACGCACGCGACGCCAGCGGCCCUUUACGCCCACGCAGCCAGCCGUUACUGGGAGGACGAUGGCAAGGUGCCACCUGCUGCGCGAACCUCCUGCAAGGACAUCGCGCGUCAGCUGCUCGAGGACGAACCCGGCCGUAACAUCAACGUGGUGCUCGGCGGCGGUAGACGUCAUUUCGUGCCGAAAGUGGUCCAGGAUGUGGAGGAGCCGGAUAAAGAGGGCCGACGAUUGGACGGAAGAAAUCUGAUCGAGGAAUGGUCGAGGAACCAUCGGCUGCGGAACGUCGCCGCGAAAUUCGUGGCGAACAAGGAGCAGUUCGACAACGUUGACCCACGGAAAGUGAACCAUCUGCUCGGGCUGUUCUCUUAUUCUCACAUGGACUUCAACGUUGACCGAAAUACGAACGGAAGUGGCGACCCAUCGCUGGCAGAAAUGACGAUAAAGGCGCUUCGUAUACUUGCGAAAAAUUCCGAAGGAUACUUCCUCUUCGUCGAAGGUACGUAUAAUACAAGCGGAAAGACUUACGAUUCCAACUAUUUCACGUAACGUGUCG